AUGGAUAGCUCUAUAAUAGAAGAUGAACUGCCAUUUCAAUUGAGCGAAUUGAAACCUUCUGAUGAUAACGAUGAUGAGCCAUCUGAAUUCGGUGAUGACGAUGCGCUUCUUUCCGUAGCACCUGAUGGAUCCGAUGACAGGUACUCACAUAGCGGAACUCAAGAAAAAGGAUCACAAACUGGUACACAAACAAAGAGCUCACAAGAAGGCACACAGACAAUAAAUACGUCUACAAAUCGUUCAGGUUCCGACAGUCCAUCGGUUUCGGCUUCAGUUCUUACUGGAAUCAAGACCGCUGAAGUUCGAAAGUCUAAGAAUAUAGUUCCCAUCACUUCUCAACACCACAAGAACAGCAAUCUCAACCGAAAAUCAUUGGAACAUGUAUCGGAUUUCAGCCUCGACGGAUUGGUUGGUAGAGAUUCUGAAGUUUCUCAACUAAAGUCCUGUUUUGAUCGUAUGGUUGGUGAGGCGACCAAUAAUGCUGCUGAGAUAUAUUCCAACGGAGCUCCAUUGUCCUCUUCCAAGUUUUGCCUCUCCAACAAAGAAGUGGUGCUCAUAUCUGGGCCGGGCGGUAUGGGCAAAUCGAGGGUAGCCAGGACGCUCAAAGAUGAAUUAGGAGAAACUGGUGGAUUCUUUGCGGAAGGAAAGUUCGACAUGAAUUCGACGGACGAGCCCUAUUCUGCCAUUGCCAAUGCCUUUGGGAAAAUAUGUCAGCAUAUCAAGAACGAAACGCCGGAUGCCAUACCAACCAUUCGGCAGACGAUUGAGAAACAACUAGGGGAUGAAGUUCAACUUUUGGUGCAACUCAUUCCCGACCUUAGUGAUCUUCUAAAGGAUGAACACGAGUCGAUACGACACUCGAAUAUUGAUAUUACUGGCCUGGAGAAUGGACUGGAUAGGAUGCGGUAUGCCUUUCGAGUAUUGACCAGACUGUUCACCAAAGAAUGCACGCCAAUGGUUGUUUUCCUAGACGACCUGCAAUGGGCUGAUCUUUCGUCACUGCAGAUGCUUGAAUUUCUAACGACAGAUACACAGAAUCCUAAUCCGAUGAUGAUCCUAGGUUGCUAUCGAUCGGAGGAAGUGGACGAAAACAGUCUACUAUACAACAAGAUUGUCGCAAUGCGAAAGCAAAGGGACAGGCAUAGGUUCCUAAUGACAGAAAUUGAGGUUGGACCUUUUGAAUCUCACAACAUCGAAGAGGUAAUUACGAUGGCAGCACCAUGUGCCAAUCAAGAGGACUGUCGUAAACUUGCUGAACUCUGCCUCAAGAGAACACUUGGGAAUGUUUUCUUCGUGUUGGAGUUUUUGCGAAUGCUACAGCUGGAAGCACUUGUUCAAUAUGAUUUUUCUACGCGCAAAUGGAGCUGGGACUUGGCAAAGAUCGAAGAAGCCACUAUGUCCACAGCCAAUGUAGCGGUGCUGCUGAAAGAACGGAUGCGGAAGCUACCACAAGAAGUUCAAGCUUUCUUGCAGUGUUCGGCUUAUCUUGGAUCGACCUUUAGUGUUGCAAGCAUUACUGCCGUUUGGAAUACCUAUGGACGGCGAUUGACCGAAGGUGAAAUGCAAAAGGUACCAGCACUUUUGGAUACGAUUCUCGAGAAGGAUUUCGUUGAGAAGUAUGGCGCAAGGCAUUAUCGAUGGGUUCACGACAAGAUCCAAGAGGCUGCUUUGGACGUCAGGCCAAUUCGCGAAUCCUUUCAGCUUGAUAUCGGAACAUCAUUGUACUAUUCUUUAGACCCAGUGCACCUUGAAGAAGAUCUAUUUGCAGUCGUCGAUCUUAUCAAUGCGGGGAAUGUUAUGAAACGGCCAGAAUACGCAGAGGUGAACCUCAGAGCGGCCCAAAAGGCUAUGGCUGUCUCGGCGUAUACUGCUGCCUCAAAGUACGCAUCUCACGGUAUUGACUUGCUUGAAAAAAAUAAAUGGGUCGAGAGCCGCUCCCUGACAGUGAAGCUGUACACUAUCAGUGCCGAGACGGAGAUUGUUCUUGGAAACGCCGUAGUCGCGGAAGAACGCUGCGAGGAAGUACUGAGCCACGAGGCAGUGUCAGAUGCGGAAAAACUUCCUCUGAAACUGACAAAAGAAAGAAUAUUAUCAUCAGUGCAAAUGCAACUGGGUGCUGCCCGAGAUUAUUGCCUCGAAAUGUUGAAGGAACUUGGCUGCGUUCUGUUCCGCACAAAGCUAAUGAUUCCUGUACAAGCACUUCGCAAGUCUCUUGCGACCAUUAAAAAGCUUAAAGCUUUCCCCAAAGAAUCGUACGAUACCAUGGGCACGAUCCAAGAUCGAAAGCAGAAAGCUAUUGUCCACCUCUUGUCUCGGGUCAUGUACCUUUGCCUGGCCGAUGGAGACUUUAUGCUUUCGCAGCUUGCGACAUGCAAGAUGAUUGAUAUGACCUUUCAAUUUGGCAUUCACGAAGCGUCUGCAGCAUGUCUUUCUUCCCUCUCGUUACUCGUGGUUUCCAUUAAUCAUGAUUACGAGACUGGUUUUAGGUUUGCUGAAACGGCUUUGCAUUUGAUCGAAAGGUCUGGCAAUCUUCGAAAUGGAGAAACAAUCAUGAUUGCCUACACGUCUGCAAUGGCAUGGAAGAGACUUUUGGAAGAGAUCAAUCCUCAGUUCUUCGUUUCUUAUACUGAAGCCUUGCGUAUUGGCGAUACAGAAUAUGCACUUUGGGGUCUCAUGGCCCACGAUGUAUUCAUUCCUUAUCAGUUGGGGAGACCUUUGAACGACAUCCUAGAGGAUUGCCCAAACAUGAUGCUCCAGUGCGAAGAAGCCUCACAAUCCCUCCACAUCCUCUCAUUACGGGUAUACAAACAAAUGUUAUUGAUUUUGAAGACGAUGCCAUCAACUGCAACUCCCGAAUUGAAAGGUGAAGAGUUUAGCAUAGCCAAGAACCGCGAAGAAGAGGACAAGGCCAAUCUUCCAAAUAUUGUCUACUGCGAGGGUGAACUUCAUUUCUUCAGUGCCGAUCAUGAAGCAGCCGCUAAGAGGGCACUCAAGCUUGGCGAUAAUUUUGAAAGGUCUGUAGGCGCCAGCUUCAUGGUCUUUAUAGAAACAUACCACAGAGCGGCUUGCCUCUAUGCUGCUGCUAUCAAGACUAAUCAACGGAAGUACAAAGGCGCGGCCAAGAAACUGCGAAAUAGAAUGGACAAGUGGGAAAAGCGCGGAAAUCCAAAUGUAAUGUACUAUGUACAGCAUCUGAAUGCGGAACAAGCUGUGCUAGACAAGAGGUUUGACGAUGCUGACCAAUUGUACAAAGAUGCAAUUGAGACAGUGACGGCUUUAAAACAUCUACAUCAUGCCGGGUACAUUUGUGAGCGAUAUGCAAAUUUUCUGGAGCUAGAUCGAGUUCGGGAACCAUUGAGAUUGUCGUUCAACUCAUUCCUGAUCAGGAUACUGACUCCAUACAACAUGGGUAUGCCACAUCUGACAAGAAAGGCCUGCUUGCCGGGAAAUUCCGCAAAAUGGUGUCGUCUGAUGUCCAGCAGCAGCAGCAGCAGCAGCAGCAGCAGCAAUCACAAUGGGAUUCAGCACUUUAGCAGCAGCAGCAGUAGUGAUGGAUACGGCAAGAGAUUCAAAAAUCCGUCCCAACAAAAAUACUGGGCCUACAAUCGAGCUACUGGACGUCACCAGCGUCCCAUUUUCGUAGCGGCAACGAAGCAGCAUGUUGGAAAGACCACCACCAGUUUGGCGAUUAUGAGUGGACUCAAGAAAAGAUUCGAUAAGGUGGGAUUCAUCAAGCCAGUCGGACAGCAGCACGUGGCUGUUCCAUCCAGUAAAGGAUCUGACGAAAUGAUCCGUGUUGACAAGGAUGUGGUAUUGGUCCGAGAACAUUUCGGAUUGGAUCACAUCAAUUAUCAGGAUAUGUCUCCUGUGAUUGUCCCCCGAGGAUACACUCGGGAUUAUGUCGAUGGAAAGAUUAGUUUCGACGAUCAAGUAGAAGCAGUGGAAAGCAGUAUGGCCCAUAUUGCUGAGAAAUCAGAUGCUGUCUUGAUUGAGGGAACCGGCCAUUGCGCCGUUGGAAGUAUUGUUGGCUUGAACAAUGCAAAAGUUGCCAGUUUAUUGGGAGCUGACAUGGUAUUGAUUGCCAAUGGUGGAUUGGGAAAGGCGUUUGACGAAUUAGAGCUCAAUCGAAUUCUCUGCCAGCAUUAUGGUGUUCGUAUUGCUGGAGUCGUCAUCAACAAAGUCAUCCCCGAGAAAUAUGAACAGACCAAAAAGUACAUUGCAAAAGCUAUGAUGCAAACUUGGGGCAUUCCUCUCCUAGGAUGCAUCCCCGACCGGCCAUUCUUGGGGUGUCCAGCUCUGGCCGACUUGGAACGACUCUUUGGUACCAAACUCUUGUCAGGGGGCGAUCUAAGACUUCGACAUUACAACACAAGUGAUGUCAACAUUGUGACAACCUCGCUCACGAGAUUCUUGGAGAACCUCCGUCAGAAGCCGGCCCGGACCUUGUAUAUUUGCCACGUCACCAGAGAUGACCUGAUUGUUGGGUUCUUGGGAGAAUUUCAGCGAGCCAAGACAUCCACGAAGAGUGAUCGAAAGUUUGAAGCUGCACUAAUCGUUUGUGGCCGAGAGGGAAAGUACAGCUAUUCUAAAGAAGUGAUGGAAAUGAUUGAUGGCCAUCCCGAAUGCCCCAUCAUGGCAGUACAGAAGACGACACACGAAGCCCUCAAGGAAAUUCAUAACUUUACACCAAAGCUGAAUAUUGAUGAUACUAACAGGGUCCAAGUGGCAGUGAAUCAUUACGAGCCAUACAUUGACUUUGAAGAAUUGAUGAGACGAACAACGUCAAGCAAUUCCAGUUUCAACGAGCCUGGGGCGCCCAGCCUAGAAGAAAUAAUGCGGCUUUAA